AUGGCCCUUCUCACAAGCCAGGCCGGCACUUUGCUGGGCCCUCUGACCACAACAUGGACUAUGCCCGAGACUUGCUCGAUUUACCUACAAGGAUUCAGAGGGCAGUCCUGCAAUUCCGAAAGCGGCGGCCGAGUGCAGGAUAACACGGAGUGUUGGCCACCAGCUAAGUCGGGGAUUGCGUCUCCAUCAUGGCCGUUUGUGGGUUGGGGAUUCUACUCUCCCGGCAUUGCGUGUCCGGCAGGAUAUACGACUGCGUGCACGGCAGUGUACGGGCAGCGGGCGCAAUGGAGUAUCCAAUUCACCCUGGUGUCGUCGGAAACUGCCGUGGGAUGUUGUCCAACGGGGUUCGCAUGCGACAACCUCAACGGAAAUACAUGCGUUCUCACGGCUUCGGACACAGAAAUUCCAACGGCCUCUUGCGAUGGCACCUCAAUCAUCGAUUCUGGCUUGGAGGAAUUCCCUCAUUUCUUCACGGUCACUGACACGAAUACAGCCGGAACCUUGACCCACUUGACCUUCUCACAGUCAAUAGUCUUGCUCGCCCCCAUGUUCCAGAUCAACUUCCAAGCCACCGAUUUACCUGCCUCGACAACCACGGCAGCCACUACACUAUCAACGGCUACAACAAGAACAACUUCCUCGACAAUUCAACAAACUUCAACUUCCGCAGCGGAUAACAGCGUUGGGAAAGGUUCUUCGGGGCUCUCUGACGGAGCCAAAGUCGGGUUGGGUGUUGGCCUCGGCCUCGGAGCGGCCUUUUUACUCGCUUUCGCCGGCUUUAUCUACUACUACCGACGCUCGAAGAGAUCCCAGAUACCCGUCAGCAGCGAGCUUCCAAGCAACGAGGUUUCAGAAGCCGCGGAAACUCCCAAGGUCAAGACGUUGCCUGGUCAGGUGUACGAAAUGGGAGACUAUCAGGCCCCCGCUGAGCUACCUACCCGGUGGUAG